AUGGGUUGUUGUGUGAGCACCAACACUACCUCAAAUUCCUCACUUCCAUCGUCAAGAAAAUCCCAUGAUUCACCAAAACCUCUCACUUCUCGAGAUAAUCCAAAACCUUGCAACAGAGCAAUAGAAAAAGAGAAAGUGAAGGAAGUACUCUCGGAAACUCCCAAAUGGAACCCAACAACCAUCGCCAAAUCGAAACCUCAAAAACCAUUCCAGAACACGACCUUUGAGAAGUUCAGAGAAUUGGGCAAGGUUGAUAAGAAGAUAUUGUCUAUUUACAAAGCUGAAGAUAAAGCUUGGAGCUUGAGCGAAACCAUGUCCACAGCUACUUCAAUCACCAACAAGAGAGAAGAGAGAGAAAAAAUCCGCAAAAGGAUCGAAAAAUCUCAUGCCAAAAUGCAGAAAAAUCGCUCCUUUCCCAGUGAAAAUGGCAGCAGAAGAGAGAGAAUGGUCUAUGGAACAAAGAAUGUUGGGUCUAUGAAGUUUGUUCAGUGCAGGGACCAAAUGGGUCAGAAAAUAGACAGUGUUGGAACUCGUCGCCGGAGAGCUUCCGGCGAGAAUUCCUUCCGGCGGACAAGGUCACUGACCACCGGUGUCGGAACGGGAGCAGCUAGGUCUGUCUUGGGUCGGAGCCCAUCUGCAAGAAAAACCAUCCAGUCACCUGCAUGGGUCAGAACCGGCCCGCCGGAGAAUGGUGGCCGGAAAAAGGAAAUUCAGGCGAGAGAGGGGAAAUGGCCUUUUGUUAGGGAGACACUGGAAAAUCCACUUGUGUCAUUGGAAUGCUUCAUCUUUAUCUAG